AUGUCGGACGGAAGUGUCGAGCGUGGAACCAAGCGUGUUGAGGAUUCGUUGGCUACCUACCAACUGACCGUUCAGUUCAAACGCUAUUACAUCGAUGUAAAUGAGAAUUCUCGCGGCCGUUACAUUAAGAUCGCUGAGGUGACAACUGAAUGCAAAAGUUUAUAAACGAACUUAAAUGAUUUUUUUUUUCAGUUGGGUGCCAACUAUAAAAGUCGCAUCAUCCUAAGCAUUCCGGCCGCAAAGGUUGUUGUCGGAGAGAUUGCCAAGAUGCAGGCCAUCAUGGAAGCAACUCCAGCUGGAGAGCAUGCUGUAAAAGAAUAAUCGUUUUUAAAUUAACAUUCAACUUCUGUUUUCAGCCGAAAGAGAGCGUUUUGCUCAAAUCUGAGACUCUAAACGUCGAUGGACGCAAGUUCUACCUCGACCUGAAGGAGAACGACCGUGGACGUUUCUUGCGCAUUGCUCAGAUGCCGACAAACCAACGUCAAACUCGCCAACAAAUCGCUAUCCCGGCUGAUGGAAUCUCUGAGAUUCAUAAAGUUCUGGCCGAUUAUCUCGCCAAGUUUGGAGAGGGCCACGACCAAGAGAACACGAACACUCCAAAAAUCACCGCUGAAAACAAGUCGUUCCUGUUCCAUGUUGGAAAGAACGACCGUGGAGAGUUUGUCCGUAUUUCAGAGGUAAUUUGAAUAGUUUUAUCGAACUGUCAUUCAAUUGUAUUUUUCAGAUCAAGCUUAACAGUGGCUUCCGCAAUGCGAUCACACUCCCAAUGUCGGCUCUCGUUGACUUCCGCAAGGAAUUGGACAACAUCAUUGCCAAUCAAGACAAUCAUUGA